UUCAUUUAACCCUGGAGUACUUUACUCGAGUAAAGUCUCAUUAACAUAAUCACACUGUUAAUAUUAAAGAUUUGAUCUUGACUGGUAAUUAUUUUUUGAAGGACUUUCAUAAUCUUGUUUUCAUCUUGACUGGUAAUUAAUUACGUAGAACUCUAAAUAACUCGUUUUCAUUUAACCCUGAAAAACUUGAAUGAGCAGCUUUUAGAUGGUUUACACCCAUCAAAAAUUCCUUAUAAAACCAGAAAUGACUAUGAAUACAAUUCAUUCCAUAGUUUUCUCUCGUCUAGUGAACAUCAUUAAGCACUUGAAUAGUGUAUUUAACUUCAACAAUGAAUGUUUUAAGUAAGUUUUCUAAGUCGUCCGAAGAUGUUGUUUCAACAUUAACAGCAGAGUUUGGUACAGAAAAUGAUUAUGAAGAAAGUAUUGACAACUAUCUUGAUUCCGCCGAACAACAGUUUGGUCAACUACCCGAGACACCACCACCAAAAGAUACACCGUCACCAAUACCAACUGUAUCUUCAUCUGGAUUCCCAUACAAUUCUCGCCUCAAGUUUGGUCAACUACCCGAGACACCACCACCAAAAGAUACACCGUCACCAAUACCAACUGUAUCUUCAUCUGGAUUCCCAUACAAUUCUCGCCGCAAGUUUGGUCAACUUUCAGAAACUGCGAGAGUUUUAGAUCAACGAGUAGCAUGUUUACCAAGAUUUUUUCGCUAUGGCUACUUUCCAAUUGACAAAUUACUCUCAUCAGAACCUUGCAAACCAGAAAAGUCGUGUCAAAGCGAAAGAAUCAAAUCUUUCCUCAACUGGGCUUUUGAUAAAGUAGUUUCUUCCUAUCAACUUGCUGCAGCUGGCUUCUAUUAUCCUGGUAUAAAUGAUAUUGUUCGUUGUUUUCACUGUGAUGGCGCUAUACAUAACUGGCAGUUUGGUGACGACCCUUUUACACUCCAUGCUAAAUGUUUCCCUAAUUGUGGUUUCAUACUGAAAACUAAGGGACGAGAAUUUGUUGAGAGCCAAUCACAAUCAUUUUUUUGCUAAUAAGCAAGUUUCUGUAACACAACUAUUACGAAUCAUUUCUUCUCAAUAAUAAAUAAAUUUGGAACAUUAUCAAUACAGUUGAUCGUAAUUUAAUAGACAAUAAUUCAAAUUGAUAUUUUAACACUUAUCAAUACAUUUUCGAGUGAUAUAGAUCUCAAGAAAUGCUGCGACCAUUUAUUUUGCAUGUAAAUAAAUUAUUUUUAUCAUCUUUAAUGGUGAAAUUAUGGUUUGAAAGUUGAACUCCAGUUUCACUAGUAAUCCACCAGGGAGAAAUACAACGAAAACACUGUUGAAUAGUGAAACAAUAAGCUAUCUAAUAAUAUCAUUGAUUGUUGGUUAUCGGUUGUGGCAGACGGGGGCCAGGUCAAUUUAUGAAAAGUUGCUGCAACUCUGUUAUUAUUAUAGUUUUCAUCUUGACUGGUAAUUAUUUUUUGAAGGACUUUCAUUAUCUUGUUUUCCUUUAGCCCUGGAGUACUUUACUCGAGUAAAGUCUCAUUAACAUAAUCACACUGUUAAUA